CCCCCCCCACCUUCUGACAGAUGCGAGCUGAUGCGUCUUUGUGGUUUUGGUUCACGUUUCCCUGAUGGUUAGUGAUAUUCAGGAUCUUCUCACGUGCCUGUUGGCCAUUGUGACGUCCUCUUUGGACAAAUGUCUGUUUAGUUCUUUGCCCGUUUUUAAAUCCGAUUUUUUUCUUCUUUAAUUAAGUCGUAAUUGUUAUCUAUUUCGGAUGUUAACGUCUUAUGCAGUGUGUGGUUUGCAAAAUUUUUCUCCCAUUUUGUAGGCUGCCUUUUCAUUUUGUUCCCUGUUUCCCUUGCUGUGCAGAAGCUUUUGGGUUUGAUGGAGUUCCAUUUGCUGAUUUUUGCUUCUGCUGUUUGUGCUUUAGGUGUCGUGUCCAAAAGGUCAUUGCCAAGAUGGGUAUUAAUGAGCUUUUUCCAAUGCUUUCUUCUAGUUUUAUGGUAUCAGGUCUUAUUUUUAAGACUUUGAUCCAUUUUGAGUUAAUUUUUGUGUGUGUUGUGAAGUAGGGUCCCAAUUUCAUCAUCCUGCGUGUGUUUCUCCAGUUUUCCAGGCGCCAUUUGUCGGGAAGACCAGCCUUUCCUUAUUAGGUGUUCGUGGCUCCCUUGUUGAAUAUUAGUUGACCACAGAAACAGAUGAAAAUUAAAAUAAAUGCUGAGAGUACAUAGCGGGCAAUUCCAGAGUGUAGUGGUUUAGUUUAAAUUUGGCCGAGAUGCACUUGGCUUUGUCUACAUGCCGGGUUCUUGGGCUUGGCACUGUUUGCAUAGGAGCUGGGUAAUUCUUGGUCUUGGGAGCUGUCUUAUGCAUUGUGGGUUGUUAAGCAGCAUCCCUGGCCUCCACCCACUGGAUGCCGGCCGUAGCCCCGAGUUGUGACACCCAAAAUGUCCCAGGCGGCGCUGGGUGUCCCCGGCGGCGCUCGGUGUCCCCGGCGGGCAAAGCUGUCCCUCCAUGAGAAUCACUGGUCUACCCUCAGGGGUUCUCCCCCUGAGACACCCACUGUACAGCUUCUUGCCAUAUGCUCACAUGAGACUCCCAAAUGCGGGGGCCGGAUGGGGAGUCAGAGGGGCUGAGAUCCCGUCGGGGCACCUGGUGUCCACGUGGGAACGGAGCCCAGCUCAACCAGUUUUCGGGUUGCUUUCUGCCGUGGCGAGUUCUAACAGCCGCCGACCUAGAUGGCGCAUGGCCGAGCCCUGUCCUUAUGCGAUUCAGCCCCUUUUCCUGAAUGCGCUCUGGGACUUCUGCCCCAUGAGGCUAACACAGAGCAGGAUACGGGGAUUCUAAUCUGAGUCCGUGGGCUGCACCCGGAAGUGACCUUAGGCCCGGGGUUGGUGCACUUUCCAUGGAGGGCCAGGGAGUAAACGGGUCGAGGUCUGCAGACUGCUGGUCUCUGCCUUGAGCGGGAAAGUGGCCACAGCCCACGUGGCGUGAACGGGUGAGACCGUCUUCCAGAAAGUUCUUUACAGAACCGGGGGCAGGCUGUGCGCGGUGGUUGGUGGUUUCUGAAAAGGUUAGACAUCGGAUUAUCACAUGGCCCGAGUCACCCUGUUCCUGGGUGUGUGUGUAGCCCAGAAUGCUGAAAGCGAGCGGGUGUUUGUGCACCUGUGCACACAGACACACAGCGUUAUUCAGGGCAGCCCAAGCGCCCAUCAGCGGGCGACUGGAUACCUAAAACGUGUUCAUGCAAUGGAGCGUCACACAGCCGUGAAAAGAGGUGAGGUCUUGACAUCUGCCACAACACAGCUGAACCACGAUCACAUUACGCUGAGGUGCUGAGCGAAGGAAGCCAGGCGCAGAAGGACAAAUCCUGUGUGAUUCCGCUUAGGUCAGGGAGCGCGUGGAGCUUCUGGAAGAAGCCAAGAAGAUGGAGAUGGCUAAGUUCCGCUACAUCCUGCCCGUGUACGGCAUAUGCCGCGAGCCCGCCGGCCUGGUCAUGGAGUACAUGGAGACCGGCUCGCUGGAGAAGCUGCUGGCCUCCGAGCCGUUGCCGUGGGACCUGCGCUUCCGUAUCGUCCACGAGACGGCCGUGGGCAUGAACUUCCUCCACUGCAUGUCCCCGCCUCUCCUCCACCUGGACCUCAAGCCCGCAAACAUCUUGCUGGACGCCCACUACCACGUCAAGAUUUCCGAUUUUGGGCUGGCCAAGUGCAACGGGCUGUCCCACUCCCAUGACCUCAGCAUGGACGGCCUGUUCGGCACCAUCGCCUACCUCCCUCCAGAGCGCAUCCGGGAGAAGAGCCGGCUCUUCGACACCAAGCACGACGUGUACAGCUUUGCCAUUGUGAUCUGGGGUGUGCUCACACAGAAGAAACCGUUCGCAGAUGAGAAGAACAUCCUGCGCAUCAUGGUGAAGGUGGUGAAGGGCCACCGCCCCGAGCUGCCGCCCGUGUGCAGAGCCCGGCCGCGGGCCUGUGGGAACCUCGUGCGCCUCAUGCAGAGGUGCUGGCACGGGGAGCCGCGAGAACGGCCCACCUUCCAGGAAAUUACGUCUGAAACCGAGGACCUGUGUGAGAAACCCGAUGGUGAUGUGAAGGAGACAGCUCAAGAUCUGGACGCGAAGCAGCCCCUAGAGCCCAAGAGCCCGAAGCCCGUGUGCUCGCCUCUCAAGCGGGCCUCCGCCCCGACCUUCGACAGCAACUACAGCCUCUCCGAGCUCCUGUCCCAGCUGGACUCGGGCACCUCGCAGACCCUCGCGGGCCCGGAGGAGCUCAGCCGCAGCUGCUCCGAGUCCAGGCUGCAGUCGGCCAGCAGCAGCAAGAGGCUCUCGGGGGUGUCUUCUGUCGACUCUGCCUUCUCCUCCAGAGGGUCGCUGUCCUUGUCUUUCGAGCGGGAGCCUUCCACGGGCGAUCUCGGCACAGCAGACGUCCAGAAGAAGAAGCUCGUGGAUGCCAUCGUGAACGGGGACACCAGCAGGCUGAUGAAGAUCCUCCAGCCCCAGGACGUCGACCUGGUCGUGGACGGCGGCUCCAGCCUGCUGCACGUGGCCGUGGAAGCCGGGCAGGAGGAGUGCGUCAAGUGGCUGCUGCUCAAUAACGCCAACCCCAACCUGACCAACCGGAAGGGCUCCACCCCCCUCCACGUGGCCGUGGAGAAGAGGGUGCGGGGCGUCGUGGAGCUCCUGCUGGCCCGCAAGAUCAGCGUCAACGCCGCGGACGAGGACCGCUGGACGGCCCUGCACUUUGCGGCCCAGAACGGGGACGAGUUCAGCACGCGGCUGCUGCUGGAGAAGAGCGCCUCCGCGAACGAGGCGGACUGCGAGGGCCGCACCCCCAUGCACGUGGCCUGCCAGCACGGCCAGGAGAGCAUCGUGCGGAUCCUGCUCCGCCGGGGCGGCGACGUGGGGCUGCGGGGCAAGGACGCCUGGGGGCCGCUGCACUACGCCGCCUGGCAGGGCCACCUGCCCGUCGUCAAGCUGCUGGCCAAGCAGCCGGGCGUGAGCGUGGACGCGCAGACGCUGGACGGGAGGACGCCGCUGCACCUGGCCGCCCAGCGGGGGCACUACCGCGUGGCCCGCGUGCUCAUCGACCUGCGCUCGGACGUCAACGUCUGCAACCUGCUCUCGCAGACGCCCCUGCACGUGGCCGCGGAGACGGGGCACACGAGCACCGCCAGGCUGCUGCUGCAUCGGGGCGCCAGCAAGGAGGCGGUGACCGCCGAGGGCUGCACCGCCUUGCACCUGGCGUCGCGGAACGGGCACCUGGCGACCGUCAGGCUGCUGGUGGAGGAGAAGGCCGACGUGCUGGCCCGGGGGCCCCGGGGCCAGACGGCCCUGCACCUGGCCGCCGCCGGCGGGCACGCGGAGGUGGUGGAGGAGCUGGCCAGUGCCGACGCGCUCGACCUGUCCGACGCGCAGGGGCUCAGCGCGCUGCACCUGGCCGCCCGGGGCCGGCACGCCAAGACGGUGGAGACGCUGCUUCGACACGGGGCCCACGUCAACCUGCAGAGCCUCAAGUUCCAGGGCGGCCCCGUCCCCGACCCUGCGCUGCUCCGGCGGAGCAAGACCUAGCCUGGGGACCCCAUGCGGGGUCCCUGGCCCGUCGCGUUCCGUAGCGGGGACAGAAUGACGCCGGGCCGGCCGGCGCCGCGCGCCUCGUCUGUGGCCCGGCGGGGCGUUGACCGGGCGGCCGGCGAGAGGCCGGUGACCGCUGACUCUUGAUUCGUCCGGAGCAUCCGCUCGGCCGCGUUUCCCUCCGGAGGCAGCUGGGGAGAAUGCACUUGGCUGUCGACCCGUCCGCCGAUCGGCAGCCCCGCCUUCUGCAGUGGUGGGGAGGGAAGACGGGUCGGAAUCAUUUCGUUGCGUGUCUUGCUCCUACUGUGGGUCCGUCGGUGGCAAAGCCGUGGGUGGGGCGCAGUUCACCCCGGCCUCAGCCGAGCCACCUGGGACCGCUCGGAGCGCAACUUCUGGGGAGGCGGGAGCGGGAGGCACCGUGUCUUUUUAUCUGCGUAGCCAGCGGCAGGCAGAAGAGCCUGUUUCCGGAAGUUUUAGUGGAAUUCUUGUUUCAUAGGCUGCCUUUAAUAGACGAACGCGGAAUCGCCUGUUGCUUUAAACCUGUUAAAAAAGUCCGUGUCGGCGGGUUGUCUGGUUUGUGAAGAGUGAACACAAAGUCAUAAGGUUGGUUUUGAAAAGCGAACGAACAGCAAAUCCGACCGGCUCUUUCAUAUCCAAGUUUGCCCUCCGCUCAGCGGUCGCGGGGGGCCGCACGCGCACCCCGACGGUGCUACGUGCCGUCGUUCCUUGUUGCCCGAGAGGCGUUUGGAACUCUGGCGUGAACUGUGUCAAGACAACGUUCAUGCUUCAUCGUUGCGGUUCGGGACGUCAGUGUUAUUUAGCUAGACGAGCCCCCCUCAGCCGGGGGUUUCUUUCCCGCUCUGAUGUUUGGUGCGGUGGUUAUCCGUGCGGAGUGCUAGUGUCCUGGGGUCUUAGGAGUUUUCUGACCUGCCGGACAAACGCCUGCGUCGUGCGGGAGCCUUGGCCUUAGGAUGCCACCCCCGAGGCGGCUCCAGGAGACAGCGGCAUGCUCUUGGAUGUAAAAGAUGCGUGUUCCUUCCGUGUCUCCCGUGUCCCCUGUGGUGUCCCCUGUGGUGCCCCCUGUGGUGCCCCCUGAACGCUGUGGACUAGGUUUGCCGCAGGGCGUGAGCCUGUGUGCAGACAUGUGCUGUGGCCUGGUGCACAAUACCGAGAUUGAUGUUAAUGUACCGUGUAUGUUAAUGUGAAUCUGUGGGCAGGAUACUUCUUUUCUAUGACAGGAAAUAUCCGUACCGCUUAGAACUGGCUAUGUUUUAAUAUGCCUCCUGCGUUCACUCCAAUAUGCUACCGUUGUAUAGAAUGUGUGGAAGACAGUUCUGUUCAAUGUCAAUAAAACCAAGUCCUCUUCUA